AUGUUUGGCGCUCCGUUGGCGCGUCUAGUGAAGGAGGGAUGUGCUUAUAUGACACAGAGCACGAUACAUUUGUCACCCUCAUUUUGUGGUGCCAAUAAAUUGAGGGGAGCAUGCUUUUAUUCGAAAUCGUUAAGAGGUCAUAAAGGGAAGAAGCGUAACAUGCAUGGAAAGAAGCGGGAAGAACUGUUUAGAAAUGGAACUACUCGAGAUAAAGAAGCUGCACAAGUCAUCAUAGGUAAAGCUAGGAGGAUGAAUGGACAGGGACUUGUAAAAGUUAUCAAAGACGGAGAAGACAAAGGAGUGGUGAGCGUAUUUGAAUGCUGUAAAGAACUUGAUCUUGACAAGGAAGGGAUGAUGAUAGUUUCGAAACUUAGAAAACAGUUGGGAGGAUCUCAAGAAGAAUUGGUACCGGUUAUUCGAAUAGUGGGGCAGCAGCAAGCACGAAAGGCCUACUCAGACUAUUUGAGCGAACAGGUGACGAGAAGAUUGAAAGUAAGUAAUCCAGGACUCAUUCGAAAGCAGGAGAGAGGAAAGAACAACAACGAAGAGAAUGGAAUUGCGGGGGAAAGUGGAGAUUAUAAGGUUGUUCGUGUGUCUUGGCAGAUUACUAGUAAUGAUCUUCAAGGACAGAAGAGACAUGAAAUAGAGAGUCAAAUUAAGAAGGGAGAGAAUGUGAGGAUCGUAUUUGACGACAAGAAUAAUUUUGAUAGGACUCAUGGAAGAAGGAGAGGAAAUGAAGAAGAAUUGAAUGAGAUGGAGACGACUAAAAGGGGGAAGGUGGUAAAGUUUGUGGAAAAACUGAUAGAAGAAGAACUUGAAACCAGUUAUGAAGAAGAAGGAACAGUUCAAGAUAAGCUCAUAUUUAAAGUGAAACCUCUGCAAAUGCAUAGCCUUUCGAAGGAAGAGAAGAAAAGGAUGAAGGAUACAAAGAAGACUGAAAGACAAGAAAAGUUAAGGAUCAAGACGGAAAGAAAGAGAGAAAGAGAGAUGGAACAGCUGAAGAUACUCAGUGUUGACUAG